AUGAUAAGGUUUUUAAAACCGUCCAGUCAUGAACUGUCUCUCCUUGCUUCUCCUGUAGCCUCUCCAUACAAGCUCUGCAAGAGCAGUAUCUACCUUUUGCUUGACUUCUGUGAGCAUGACCUUGCUGGCCUCCUCAGAAAUGCUCACGUCAAGUUCACAGUGGCAAAGAUUAAUAAGGUCAUGCAGAUGCUAUCUAAUGGACUUCACUAUAUCCACAGGAAUAAGCAUCUGGCAGACUUUGGGCUGGCUCAACCUUUCAGCCAGGCUAAGAACAGCCAAACAAGCUACACCCACCAGGUAGUGACUCUCUGGUAUUGGGCGUCAGAGCUGCUGCUCAAGGAUCAGAACUAUGGUCCUUCCACUGACCUAUGGAUCACAGGCUGCAUCAUGGCAUAGAUGUGGACCCAUGGUCCCAUCAUGCAAGGAAACACAGAGCAGCACCAACUUGCCCUUGUGAGACAGCUCUGCAGAUCCAUCAUGCCAGAGGUUUGGCCAAGCAUGGAUAAAUACAGGCUGUACCAGAAGCUCCAUCUCCCCAGAGGCCAGCAAAGCAAGGUGAGGUGUAGCCUGAAAGCCUACAUCACAGACCCCUGUGCACUCAGCCUCAUCAGCAAGCUGCUGGUGCUAGAUCCUGCCUAGCAGAUCGAUAGCAAUGAGGCACUGGACCAUGACUUCUUCUGGUCAGACCCCAUGCCCUCAGACCUCAAAAACAUGCUGUCCACCCACAGACAGUCCAUGCUGGAGUGCCUGGUCCUGCUGUGCAGGAGCCAGGGACACGUGCCACAGCAGCCCUUCAGUUAAGGCAGCCACCCAGCCAUCACCAACCAGACUGAGUUCUUUGUCAGGGUAUCUUAA